AUGGAAAGAGAGUCCAUUGGAAGGCAAACUAGCGAACUAUUAGAAUGGCAUUCUUGUACAAUCAAUGGUCAACCAUUCCUUUUUAGCUUAAACCUCAGUGACAAUGAGGAAAGUACCCUUUUUUUCAUUAAUGCAGACCAACAUCCAACAUUUAAGGCAUGCAUCUCUUCAAAUGAUAUCAAAGCACAGUGUACGAUUCAGGGUUUUCCUAGUGACUCUGUCACAAAGAUUACAAAGGAAACGUAUAAACAGAUCCAUCAACUUCGAUCCUUCAAAAAAAUAGAGGAUGGUUCAAGAUUACAGUUGACCAUUGUUUUAUCCGGAGACAUUACAUUGAAUUUAACAACCAUCAUUCUAGGUUUAAGUAUGCAAGAACAAUUAACGUUGAGUGAAAAUUUAAUACGGCAAACUUUGCGAAUUAUCCAUAUUCAAGGACUCUAUUCGAACCAUUUGUUAAAUGUGAUAACCGAGAAAGAUUCUGUUAUUCAAUUUUUAUCUGAUUCUCUAAACGAUUUGGGUGCUAGUAAGAUUAUUAAGAAUUUUGCACCAAAACAUUCGAUUAAUUAUGAAGUGAUGAAUAAAUAUAAUGACCAGUUCAAUUUAUCCAACGUUUCUCUGAAUAAUGAUAUUAUAAUGAAAACGGCCCAGAAGAUGAUUGAUACUUAUCCAUUAGCUAAAUUGGGUAACCAAAAAAAGAAGGAAAUUAAGUCGGAGUUCAAGAGAAACUCACCAGAUUUUGACCCAAAUUCGUCUUUCGAAAUAAAUCAUCUUAAUAAUAACAACAUCGGCAAUAAAGCUGUAGAAAAGGAAGACGACGAUGAAACAGAUACAUCUUUUAUGACAGAUGAGAGCAAAGAAACAUUGAAACGGCCUAAAUAUGCCUCAACAGAAGAUUUAUCACAAGUAAAGUCUGAUUCGAAUGACUUAAGUUUACCAGCUGACUCCGAAGAAGAUCAGGUAAAAUCGAGGGAAGUAUCUGGAACACCAAGCCCAAAAAAGAGGAAGUUUGGUAAAGUUAGAGCUGUUAAACGAGAACAAUGA